GCAGCGAAGGAUUUGGUGGGGCAAAAUGGAUCCCAGGGUCUCCCUCUUCUGCUUCCUCGCCAUCGCUUCCUCCCUCCUGCAUUGCGCCAGAUCUGACGGAAGCGACGACAAGCUUCUCAAGGGCAUCAACAGCUACAGAAGUACUCUCAAGGUCCCAGCGCUCACCGAGAACAACAAUGCCGACUGUCUGGCUGAGCAGCUAGCCAAGCAGUUCAAGAGCCACGAGUGCACCAACACGACCGGAGCCAACACCGUCCCUGGCACAGAGCCAGAGUUCCCGGACUACCCCAAGUACCUUGACCAUUGCCAUCUCAACGCAUCGGUGAUCCAAGACGGACAGGUGAUGCCGGCCUGCGUGCCCGGCCUCGUAGCCGACGUGGUGCUCACCAACUACACCAAGUCCCAGUACAACCAGUACCUGAACGACACCAAGUACUCUGGCGUCGGGAUCGCCAACGAAGGAGACUGGGUGGUCGUCGUCCUCAGCACCAGCACGGGACCCGGCGACUUCUCACCUGCUCCCCCAGGUUCCAACUGGGCUCCAUCGGUCCAGCCGUUCAGCCAGCUGAUUGUUUUGCUUGUAGGAUUUGUAAUUUUGCUGAUGAAGUGAGAAGAUGUUGCUCGUAAGUCAUACCACGACACCACGAAAAUAGUGUAUCUUAUGCUUGUGUCAUUCAUUUUUGUAUCUUCCAGAUUUGAAUUCCACUUCCAGAUAUGAAAAUAGUUCCUGCAA